GAGGUGUUAUGACACCACUUAUUAAACGAAACACCACAGUUCCCACCAAGAAAUCCGAGAUAUUCUCCACAUACUCGGAUAACCAACCAGGUGUACUUAUCCAAGUAUAUGAAGGUGAACGUGCUCGUACAAAGGAUAAUAACUUGCUUGGUAAAUUCGAAUUGACCGGCAUUCCACCUGCACCUCGAGGUGUACUUCAAAUCGAAGUUACUUUUGAUAUUGACAUGCAUGGUAUUCUUAAUGUCUCUGCUGUCGAUAAGACAACUGGACGAUCUAACAGGGUUAACAUUACAAAUGACAAAGGGCGAUUGUCUAAAGAAGAAAUCGAACGCAUGGUUACAGAUGCUGAGAAAUAUCGUGCAGAUGAUGAAAAGGUUGCUCAUAGAAUUCAAGCACGUAAUGGCUUGGAGAGUUAUGCAUAUAACUUGCGAAAUACACUUCAGGACGAAAAGGUUAUAGGUAAAAUGGUUGCAGGUGAUAAGAAGAAACUUGAAGAUGCUAUUCAAGAAGCAAUUACAUGGUUCGAAAGCAAUCAAGAAGCUGAAAAUGAAGAAUAUGAUCAUAAACAGAAAUCACUUGAAGAAACUGCCAACCCGAUAAUGAUGAAACUUUUUGGAGGUAAAUCUAAUAGUGACUCUCCAAGUAGUCCAACAAUUGAUGUUAAUUAA